UCGUUUGUCAACAAAGAUCAUUGCCAGCUGUUGUGGAUGUUUGCAAAUUUGCUGUCAAAAAAUUGCUGGAUUAAAGAUUUUAGUAGUUUUGCAAAUUUAUGUAGCCAAAAAGUUUUAAAAUGGGCAUAUACAGCGUUUACAUCGUCUCGAAGUCCGGAGGACUCAUCUUCCAGCACGAUCACUUCGUUCCCAAAAUAGAGACGGAGAAAACGUGCAGUUUUCCUUUGGACAUAAAACUUGGUUAUGAAAAUAAGAGGAUUGUUGUCAACUUUGGUCAAAGAGAUGGAAUCAUGGUUGGUCACCAACUCUUAGCCAUCAAUGGUAUUCUAAUCACUGGGCGGCAGUUAGAAGAUGGCAAGGAUGCGCUGGAGUUCCUCGAAAAUCCAGAAAACUACCCUGUCAAUUUGAAAUUUGGCCGACCAAAGAUGACGACCAACGACAAGCUUUUCCUUGCCAGCAUGUUCUACCCCUUAUUUGCCAUUGCGAUUCAGUUGAGUCCAGAGCCCAAAAGCUCAGGAAUCGAAGUUUUAGAAGCAGAUACUUUUAAACUCCAUUGUUUUCAAACACUCACAGGUGUCAAGUUUAUGGUGAUAUGUGAUCCAGCCCAGCAAGGUAUGGACGUGCUUUUGAAGAAAAUUUAUGAGAUUUAUGCAGACUUUGCUCUCAAAAACCCAUUCUACUCUUUAGAGAUGCCAAUCAGGUGUGAACUGUUUGAUACAAAUCUUCAAGCAUUGUUAGAAACUGUUGAGAAGUCCGGAGUGAGUAAUGUGUGAAGUUGCAAGAAACAAAAUUACAUUCGCUUCGUUGUUAUAAGAAUAAUUCAGAAUAAGUGCUGAGACAUAAAAGUAUAUUUGAAAAGUGUUUGAAAGUGAAUGAAAACGUAUGUUAUUUCUUGAAAAUACAAAAUUAUUAAGCUACAAUGG